CACCGUCUCCUUGGAUCCGAGGCGUUGGGGGCCGAGGAGGUGAGGGCGGAGGAGGAGGAGGAGGGAGAGGAACGUGAGGGGUGCGAGGAGCUAUCUGAAAUGAAUAAAGACGCACAGCUCCGAGCAACUAUAAAUCAGAAGUUGAUAGAAACAGGCGAGCGAGAACGUCUGAAGGAGCUGCUCAGAGCAAAACUCACUGAAUGUGGAUGGAAAGAUCAGUUGAAAGCACACUGUAAAGAUGUGAUCAGGGAAAAAGGAUUGGAGCAUGUUACAGUAGAUGAUUUGGUGGCCGAAAUAACUCCAAAAGGAAGAGCCCUGGUGCCAGACAGUGUGAAGAAGGAGCUUUUGCAGAGGAUAAGGACCUUCCUUUCUCAGCAUGCCAGUCUCUAAGCUUGAGAUGACCAAAUUACAUUGCCAUUUCUUUAUUAUUUCAGAAUAUGAUUUAAAUCAAUCAUCAGAAUGGCUCCCAUUUGAAGCUGCACAGUUUUAUUUUUGUGACAAGCUUUUGUGUCAAUUUUUGAUACGUUUAUUGUCUUAUUUUAUACGUUCUCAGCCACUACUCACAAGCAGCUUUUCUACACACCCUCCUAUCUUUUCCUUGAUAUGUUUAAAAAAUGUCUGUUGAAAUAAAAUUAUUUUGAAACAA